AUGCACAAACUAUGGAUUAUGAAACGAGAAAAAUCCAACGUUUUUAGAACAAUUUUGGUGAUAAUUAGUGUGGUUCUUGGUUUUCUUUUGAUAUUUUCCUUUCUUACUCUUUAUUGGAUAAGAAAAUCAAAAAGUAAACCUCCAUCCACACCAUUAGUUGGUGACCGAUUCUUAAAGCUUUCUUAUAAAGAGCUCUUCCAAGCCACUAGAGAAUUUUCUUCAGCUAAUUUCAUAGGUUCUGGUAGUUUUGGCUCUGCAUACAAAGGGAUUAUCAACCAGGAUAAAACAAAUGUCGCAGUCAAGGUGCUCAACCUUCAAAAUCCAAGAGCUAACAAUAGUUUUAUGGCUGAAUGCAAAGAAUUACGAAACAUUCAGCAUCGAAAUCUUGUCAAGCUUUUAACUUCAUGUUCAAGUCUUGAUUUAGAAGGAAAAUAUUUCAAAGCCCUUGUUUAUCAGUCCAUGCCCAAUGGGAGUCUAGAUGAUUGGUUGCAUUCGCAGGUGGAGGCACAUAAUUUUUCAAGGCAUUUAAACCUUCUUCAAAGAUUAAACAUCGCAACUGAUGUGGCUUCUGGAUUAGAUUACCUCCAUCAUAACUCUUAUGCGCCAAUUGUUCAUUGUGACUUGAAGCCAAGCAAUGUUCUACUUGAUUGUAAUAUGAAUGCACAUGUUGGUGAUUUUGGUUUGGCAAGGUUACUUUUAGGACCUGACGACAAUUCAUCUCAGACUCAAACUGGCACCAUUGGGAUAAAAGGAUCUAUAGGCUAUGCUGCUCCAGUUUGUGGAGUUUACUGUGCAGGUUCAAGUUCAGCUGAAAGAAUGGAAAUUAGGGCUCUAAGAGGAUUGCAAAAAGCCAAAAGCAUGAAAAUUUAUGUGAAGCCACUGGAGACUGAUACAAGGGAGAUAGUGACCAAUUUGUUUAAUGGAGGAUAG